CUUCUAGGGACCGUAAUAGAUGCAAGUAUUAGAAAUGUUCCCUGUUAUUCAGAAGAGGAAAUCGAGGCUCAGAGCGGUCAAGGUUUUGCCCAGUGCUACACAACAAAUAAGACCAGGACUGGGCUUUGAACCUGACCUCCAGUGCAGGGCCUGGGAAUUACUGAAGGGCACAUAGGAGCAGGAGCCUCUCUAUGGUGAAUGAAGAGGAAUGAAUGCAUUUCACAGGCUCUACAUUUAUUUUUUUUAAAGGCUCCUGGGACAAUGGGCCUCAGGCCCUGAGGACGUGGUGCUUCUUGUGGCCAUGACGACGGGUGACUGCUGCCACCUCCCUGGCUCCCUAUGUGACUGCUCCGGCAGCCCUGCCUUCUCCAAAGUCGUGGAGGCCACAGGCCUAGGGCCACCCCAGUAUGUGGCACAGGUGACUUCAAGGGAUGGCUGCCUCAUCUCAACUGUCAUCCGGGUCUUGGACACUCCGAGCGAUGGUCCCUUCUGCCGGAUCUGCCAUGAGGGAGCGAAUGGGGAGAGCUUGCUGUCUCCAUGUGGCUGCACUGGCACACUGGGCGCUGUGCACAAGAGCUGUCUGGAGAGGUGGCUUUCCUCAUCCAACACCAGCUACUGUGAGCUGUGCCACACAGAGUUUGCAGUGGAGAAGCGGCCUCGGCCCCUCACAGAGUGGCUGAAGGACCCGGGGCCUCGGACAGAGAAGCGGACGCUGUGCUGUGACAUGGUGUGUUUCCUAUUCAUCACUCCUCUAGCCGCUAUCUCGGGCUGGCUGUGCCUGCGUGGGGCCCAGGAUCACCUCCGGCUCCACAGCCGGCUGGAGGCUGUGGGGCUCAUUGCCCUCACCAUUGCCCUCUUCACCAUCUACGUCCUUUGGACGCUGGUCUCCUUCCGCUAUCAUUACCAGCUAUACACUGAAUGGAGAAGGACCAACCAGAAAGUACACCUGAAGAUCCGGGACACGGAUGGCUCCGAGGCUACCCAGCACUCCCUGCUGGCAGCAGGAUUCCUGAAGAAGGUGGCAGAGGAGACACCUGUGUGAAGGUUGAGCUGGCAGGCCAGAGGCAGCUGACGAUGCCCUGGCUUUUGGAAGAAGGGAAACUGCCUGACCCUUCCUGCACGGCCAGAAUGCUUCUUAGGCCAAGAGAUGCCAAGUGGAGCUGAUUCUGUGAUCCUGUGUGAAGAUGUUUUCAGAUUGUUUUGCACACUGUUGUAUAUGUGGAGGACAGAUGGAAGUGGUCCUGAGCUUCACACAGAGCAGGCACCCUGAUCUCAUUCUGAGGUCCACUCAGCUCCUUGUGGGCCAGCAGCCAUGGCCAUAGGCUCGUUGAGGGUGUCCAUGGGGCUGGAGGUUCCGUAAGCUUCUUAUGCUUCUCUGCACUUGGCAGGCUCACUCUCCUGGCACCUUGACUUUAUAAAGUUGCACUGAGUUUCAAAAACCCACCCUGAAUGAAUAAAAGGAGCCCUUGCUGGAUAAAA